UAGAUAUAUAGAGCGACCUCGCCCUGGGGGGUGGCGUUGAGUCUUAUGGGCCGGCCGCGUUGCUGCAUCUGGAGGAGCAGGUUCGGAGGCUUGGCCACUGUGGCCAGGGUCGGUCCACGUGUCCUUCUCGCACGAGGGAACGGAUCUUCCAGAACCUGGUGUUCGAGCGUGCGUGCUCACAUGCCAAUGCCAAAGGGCCCCGCUGCCAGUGGUAAGCCUGGAGUGCUGGGACUGAGGCGAGAGGACAAAAACAAGUGGGAGCGCCGAGCUCCACUGGCACCUCGACACGUGGCAGAGCUGCAGAAAGAAGGACUCAAGAUCAUUGUUCAGCCCUGCACGCGGAGAGUUUUUACAGAUGCGGAGUAUGAGGAGGCUGGAGCUGAGGUCAGGGAAGACCUGUCUGAAUGCUCCACCAUUCUUGCUGUGAAGGAGGUUCCCGUCGAGUUGCUGCUCCCAGGCCGAACAUGGUGCUUUUUCUCUCAUACCAUCAAGGCCCAGCCAUCAGGCAUGCCGUUGCUGGAUGCAGCUCUCGAGAAGAAGGUGCGCUUGGUGGACUACGAGUGCAUAACAAAGUCGGGCACGCGUUUCGAUACCCGCCUGGUGGCCUUUGGCGCCUUUGCGGGCUAUGCUGGUGCCAUUGACUUCCUUCGGGGCCUGGGAGAGCGGCUUUUAGCCUUGGGCUUCAGCACGCCUCUUUUGCACAUCGGAUCUGCCUUCAUGUAUCCGACCCUGGAAGAGGCCAAGAGAGCCGUCGCCUUGGCUGGGGAUGCCAUUCGAAAGAACGGGCUGCCCAAGGCAAUGUGCCCUUUCACUGCAGUGUUCACCGGGACGGGCAACGUGAGUCAAGGUGCCCUUGAGAUCUUCAAGUUGUUGCCACAUGAGAUGGUCGACCCAUCUGACUUGCCGAAACUUUGCCAAAGAGCUGACAAGGGCGAGCUGUCUCGUGAGGACUGCCACAAACUGCACCUGUCCAUUGCAACAGCGGAGCACAUGGUCAGGCGCCGCGAUGGACUUCCUUUUGACAAGAACAGCUACUACAGCCAGCCUGAUGACUACGAGCCUACGUUUCAGGAUUCAAUCCUUCCCUAUGCCACUGUGGUGUUGAACGGCAUGUACUGGGAUGCGCGAUUUCCGAGACUCUUUACCAGCCAGGAUCUCCACCGACACGUGGUGAAUGGCCGUGACAAGCUCCUCGGCGUGUGCGACAUUACAUGUGAUGCAGACGGCUCUGUGCCAACUCGGCAGUUUGCAAGCAUCGAGCAGCCCUUCCACAUCCUCAACGCCCUCACGGAGCGAAUCUCCCCCUGCCUGGACGAUCCUGGCAUCCUCUUCCACGCUGUGGACCACUUGCCCUCCGAGCUUCCACGUGAGUCCUCGGAGCACUUCGGGGACUGCCUGGUGCCGUUUUUGCCCAGCUUGGCCUCCCAGCUGGCGCCCAUGGCACCCCUGGCUGGUGAUGAGAUGGCGGGAUCGGCGAAUCUGCCGAUGCCAAUCAGAGGAGCUAUCAUCACUGAGGGCGGGCAAUUGGCGCGCGACUACAGAUACAUCCAGCAACUCAGGGAUGUGCGAGAAGGAAAGGUCGUUGAUGUGGAGGAAAACAUCUCUCCGACCCUGAUGCCUCCUGCUUGCUGCACGCUGGAGUUUACUGGGCAUUUGUUUGAUUCGCGGCUGAUCAACCGGGUCGCAGACAUGUGCGAAGAGUCUGUGGCACGAAUGCAGAUCUUGGUGCUGGACCUGGGAAGGACCGUCAACGAUGAAAGCUUUUGCUCCAUGAUGGUAAUGGCCAGCUCCGAGAAGAGCUUGGAGACACUGGUGGUCAAGUUAGAGACGGCGGCUGCGGAGUCCCAUGUGACCUACCGCCGUGCCACCCAAGGUGCCUUGCGAGUGCAGGAUGCAGCCGAUCCUGCUGUGUCCGCAGACCUGACCAAGAAGGUCCUGGUCUUGGGGUCUGGGCAUGUGGCUUCUCCCUUGAUCGCCUACUUGGCACGAAAACCCACUGAGCUCGUUGUGGCCAGUGUGGAGCAGAAGGAGCUCAACGCUCUAAGGCGUCUCCCAGGUCUUGGCCGAGUGAAGACUGAGGUGUUGGAUAUUGCCGCAGCUGACCAUGAUUCAGCGAUUGCUGAGAAGCUUGAGACCUUUGUGAAGGAAUCGGAUUUGGUGAUUUCACUUCUACCUGCGCACAUGCACGUGGGCGUUGCAAAGAUGGCAAUUCAACAUGGUGUCUCCAUGGUUACUGCGUCGUACGUAAGUCCAGAGAUGGCUGCCCUUCAUGAAGCAGCUGAAAAAGCGGGCGUGCUUAUCCUGAAUGAGGUGGGUUUGGAUCCUGGUAUCGAUCACCUGAGUGCCAUGAGCAUGAUCGACACAGCCAGGAGCACUGGCAGUGAAAUCCUCCGCUUCGCCUCUCUUUGUGGUGGUUUGCCUUCGCCCGAAGCGGCUGGAUCCAAUCCCAUCGGCUACAAAUUCAGCUGGAGCCCGCGGGGUGUUUUGGUUGCCUCCCAGAAUUCAGCUCGCUUCAAGGAGGAUGGCCUUUUGCGUGAGAUUGCAGGAGAAGAUUUGCUGGCCCAGGGCAAGCCGAUAACCAUCAACAACGCCUUCGCAUUGGACGUCUUACCCAACCGUGAUUCCACGAUGUUUGCGGAGUUGUAUGGCCUGGCAGACAUCCCCACCUUCAUCCGGGGCACUUUGAGGUUUAGAGGCUUUUGCGAGCGAAUGCUCACCCUUUCUCGACUAGGCCUUCUGCAGGUGGGGCCAAUCCCAGGACUCGCUGACCCAGGCUCGCAGCGCGUGUGGCUUGAGCAAGUGAUGUUUGGAGGCAACGAGGCAAGCCGGCUCGACGAGUCCCUGAGCUCGUUGAUUCGGAAGCGACUCACGCAGUCGGGGAGCGACCCAGAGGUUGGCCUGGAGUUCCUCUCCUGGUUGGGCCUGCUGCAGGACAAGCCGCUUCCAACCGGUGUGUCGCCCGCUCGUCCACUGGACGUGAUUGCGCACUUACUUCAGCGCCCGGAGACGACCUAUGCUCCAGGGGAACGCGAUUUGGUGGUGAUGCGCCACGAGUUGGAUCUCCGGCGCAACGACGGCGCCAUGGAACGGCAGAUCUCCACUCUGAUCCAAUAUGGUGAGCCACAUGAAACUGCAAUGGCCAAGACAGUGGGCGUCACUGCGGCGAUCUGCGCUCAAUUGAUCCUGGACACCACACCUGGGCAUUUUGGUUUCGGCGUGCAACGACCCUUGAGGCAUGAAUGGUAUCAGCCUGUGCUAAAGAAGCUGGAGGCCGAAGGGAUCUACUUGCGCGAACACGUGGAGCAACUUGAGGCACCAAAGUGAGCCACCGAAUUUAAAUGGUUUGAACAAUUUCACUAUGGAGAGGCGCCCGUUUUCCGAAUUUCCGCGCCCCAUGGUCCAAAGACGGUCUUUCAUGCCCAGCGCAGCAUUGGCGACAAAGGUGUCCAAUGUGCUUCAUCCCCCCAAGUUGAUCGAACGGUGAUUCUGUGCGGUUGAGUUGUGGAUGUACUCUCCAAAUGCUGCGGGCGGCUGGCCAAGUGCCCCAAAUCAACCUCAGUGGUGAGAUUUCGGACCUGACUCUGAAACACCAACCCGUGG